GAGAGAGUCUAUAUAUACAUCCCAAAGAGGCUGGUGCUCACAGGCACAGCUGGACUACUGGAUAACUGGACUCAGGCCCACUGGAUAUUUAGCCAGAAAGGAACAAACAAAGUCUGUCGCUGUUGGAAAACACAUUAGCUUAGUGUCAAACACAUACCGCAGAGAUGAACAGUGUGGCAGACUGGAUCGUGCAGAACAGGGACAAGAUUGAAAAAGGUGUGGAGAUCAUGGGUCAAGCCUCUGAGGUGCUCGCUGCCACCGUGGGCCAGCUUCACCCGAUGCUGGAGGCCGUGUUCGUGGCGUCAGCCGAGCUCCUCAGCAAUCCGGACGGUCAAGAGGCUCGCUACCUGACGAAGCAGUUUGAAAUUGUCAACCAGAAACUCGAGGGAAUCCAAGACGAGAUUAACCAAAUAGCCCUGGAGCUGCAGAAGACGUCGAUGAACAAGCAGAACUUUGACCGCGAGGCGCAGAUGCUCAGCCAGUACGAGAAGUUCCAGGACUUUGUCAAUGCCAAGCCAAAGUUCCGGGAGAAGAAGAAGGAAAAGUUCCUCAGCCAUUUUGAGAACACUGACAGCGACUUGAACAUAGACGCGCUCUAUAAUGCCGUCACAGGGGAGAACACCUCAGGAGACCCUAUGCUGGAGACCGUAGUCACGACCGAGCAGAGGAGCAGACGGGCAGUUGAGGAUUUCUGUGCCCGACUGAAGAAGCUUUUUGUCGUGGGCAUUAUCGCCGUCAUGGGCCACGCUGCCCUCAAGGAAGGGGCAGUUGGUGAGGAGAUGGUGAAGAAGUGGCAGGGACGGAUGGAGGAUGUGGAGAAACGAAUGAAAGCGGCCGUGGACGAGUGCACGGAGAACUUUGCCGAACAAGCCAAGUUAGACAUGGAGCAGCAGCUUCAGGAGAAUCCCGGGACUGUGGACCGGGACUUUACCAAAACCCUUCUGGAUUCACUUGUAAAGAAAUAUGACUGGGUGAACUGGUCAAUCAGGGCUUUCAGUGACCGGGAGCGCAUCUUCUUCUUCAACUGGCUGGCAGGGAAGAAGUGCCAUGGAAUCAGGGGAGCCAAUUGGUUUGACCUUUUGACCACGAACAAGAUCAUAGUGGUGGUCUCAUUCUGCGUCAACCCCAAGCCCAUUAACAAGUGUCAGAUCCAGGAGCAGAUUGGGCAAAAGCUGAAGGGGAGUAUGAUGGAAGUGGCUCUGUCUUUGAACAAGAGUUUCCCCAAUUGCCUGGUCCAUGCUGUCAGCCAUUACAAGGAAGUGGUGGAGAGCAACAACUUCCACGAGGAUUGUUACUACUAUGGAAAACACAAGGGAGCCUACUUGGGUAUCCACCCUGAGUAGCUUUCAGAAAAAAAAUGAACAAACUGUAGCUGCAUACGCGAAGAAUCAAGCUACGGAUUCAUUCAUUCAUUCAUGUCUUUAUCAGAGACAGUAUACAAUGAUCCAUAAAGAUUGUCUGUGUUGAUAUAUACAGUAUAUAUAAUCUGCUCUGCCUGCUCCUCUAUGUGAUUCAUGACUUACUUGAAAUUCAAAUCUAUUCUUUCAUAUGUUUUAUACAUCUAUCUUUUGUUUGAUGAUACAGCAGCUUCAGUAAUCAGCUCCAUGCCAGCACGGACUUGGGUGUGAAUGUGUCCCCAGUAGAGACGACAGACGUUGGGCGAUAUUGAUCAGAACGUUGUUAUACAGUCUAUGACAAGCUGUAUAUUUAAAGAGACAAGUGUGGAUGUAUGAGGUACGACUGCACGGACAGCUCGUCCCUCUUCAGACACUGACCGUUAACAUUAACCUUCACAAAAGACUUGUCUACAUCUCACUGUUAGACAGCCUUUUCAACAGGAAACAACGAGAUGUUCCUAUGAGCGACACACACUUACCAAACAAGGCAACAGUAGACAAGCAGCACAUGUGUAGCCACAAGCUCAAGCUAAAAACUCAGAUUUACACACGUGUGUCUGAUGGUGAGAUACAACCGUCGAUUAUAAACUGUGCAUGUAAGCGUCCUGACUGACUCGUGCAACCACACUUCAAAAAACCUUCACCAUCACUUUCAGGUACCCUUAGACAAAAUGUGUAUUUUUUUUGUUUUUAAAAAGUCCAAUAUCCAAUAUUUGUUGCUGCUUUUGGUGCAAUAUAAUAUAGUGCUGCGGGGGAAGCCUCUCAAAUCUGUAGACCACAAUCUUUACCAAGACAUUUAUGUAUAUUUUACUUUGAUUUGCAAUAAACAAAAACAAAGGA